AUGGUUAUGUGCAAUCUGCUUGCUGUCGACGGCGUCAAUGACCCGGAUGUGCUCUGCAUCAAUGCCGCUUCAGCAGCGCUUUGCUUGUCGGACAUUCCCUGGAACGGGCCGGUGGGUGCCGUAAGGAUAGGCUACAAGGACGGAGAGUGCAUAAUAAACCCAACUAGGAAACAGAUGCAGGACAGUGAAGUGAAUCUGGUUUUGGCCGCCUCUGUCGGCGGUCAUAUUACCAUGAUGGAGAUGAACGGCAACGAAGUGUCGCCGAUCGUGCUCGCAUCAUGCAUCACUCAUGGACUGCAGGCUGCUCAGCAGAUCAUUGAUGUUAUUGCUAAAAUGCGAAGCGAAUGCGGCAAGCCUAAGCGGCCGAUGAACGUCAUGCUACACCCCUCAGAAACGGUGGCACAGCGAGUGGCCGAGUUUGCCAGUCAGAAACUUUUAGCCGUGCUCAACCACCACUCUCUAGACAAAUUGGCGUUCGACGAACGGGUCAGCGCUCUUCGCCAGGAAACGACAGCUUCCAUCCAGAAAACCUUCCCUGAUGUUACGGUCCAGGAGGUUGAAGAGCUGUUUAGCUCUCUUUUCAAAAGUAGGUACCGGCAGCUGUUGUUCGAAACUGGCUGUCGUUACGACGGCCGCAAGUUGGAUGCCAUACGGCCGAUUGAAUGCCAAGUUGAUUUAUUCAAACCGCUUCAUGGGUCUGCGCUGUUUCAGAGAGGCCAGACACAGGUGCUGUGUACGGUGACGUUUGAUUCGAUCGAUGCGGCGUUCCACAGCGACGCCGUGUCAGUUUUGACUGGUUUCGCAAAAGAGAAGCGGUUCAUGCUGCACUACGUUUUCCCACCAUACUGUAACAACGAAAUUUCGACAUCCAGAGCUGCAGGUCGCAGGGAACUCGGCCAUGGAGCCCUAGCCGAAAAAGCGUUACGCCCGAUCGUGCCGGUCGACUUCCCGUUCACGAUUCGCGUCAUGUCCGAAGUGUUGGAGAGCAACGGAAGUUCAUCGAUGGCUUCAGUCUGCGGCGGUUCGCUGGCACUGAUGGAUGCCGGCGUCCCAGUCCGGUGUCCGGUAGCUGGCGUGGCUGUCGGUCUGGUCACUCGGAUGCAAGAUGAUACCUCUAAUAACCAAGUGAAGGAUUUUCGGCUAUUGACGGAUAUCUCGGGCUUAGAAGACUACCUCGGUGAUAUGGACUUUAAGAUGGCCAGCACUAACAACGGCUUCACUGCUUUGCAGCUGGACACGAAGAUCAUCGGCCUCACCGCCGAAAUCGUACUCGAAGCACUGGAGCGCGGCCACGACGCGUGUCGCCAAAUCCUGCGUAUCAUGACC